ACUGGACAAGCCUCACAUCGAGGCAAAUUUUGCCGUGCAAAGCCCCUGAAAUACAGCCUCACAGUUUUCGUCAUUUUGGGAACGACCGGGAAGGCCUCCGCUGAGCAAGACUGCCGACGGCUCCGGGGAGAGGUUGUCUGCCAUAUUUACUACUACUCAGAGACUUCAUGAGAAAAGUCUCGUGUGCUUUCCCUCUCUCAUCGAACCACCGUCAGAUCAUGUAUCCAGGCAAGAUGUUGCUUGGCCUACUUCUUUUUGGCAUCGGACUUGCAGAUGCUAGGCUAUCUUCAGAUGGCGUCUCCAAGGAUCCAGGCCUUGCCCGGAACGUACAGCUACACCAUCGGCAAACCAACGACACGAUAAUUCCUUUACGACGAGACUGCCCAUUUAGUCCCUGGGAUGAGCUAUACAUAACUGACUUCCUUCAAGAGCACUUCAACGACUUGUCAACGACUGAUCACUGCUGGAUCAUCAAGGGCGUAGCAGGACUACAUGAACUUCUUCAGAGAAAUAUCACGGCUAACCCCCUGCUCAACGUCACGAUACCAACUUGUAUACAGCUCAACGUUACGUCGAAAGGAAACGCCUUCUCUAUUGACUUCUCAGAUGACUCUUACAAGGUUAACGGUGUCGACGAAGAUGACUUCGUGUUAUUGACCUAUGUGCAUCUUGUAUGCAUGACUGCGGCGUUUUUCUUCUGUUAUCCCGUCAUUCUGGUACUAGCCUCAGCGCCGAACUUAUGCAUCAUGAUCGACCGCGCACUCCAAGAGCCCACGAAACGAAAGAUGGAACGAUGGCAGACAAUCUUCACAGUCCUGCUCUUCGCUCCCCUGUCCAUCGCGGGACUCGUUACGGGAAUAGUCGCCAUGGGAACCUCAGACCACGCAAGAACAGAGCACGGAAUCAUCGGAUACAUCACCAUUGGCCUAGCCGCAAUAUCCGUGCCCCUCUACCUCUACCAGAAGAGACUCAGCUCCCGCCCAGAUCUCACCUUUUACAUGUACCGGCGCCUCAAAUUCUUCAACGCCCUCGACUUCCUCGUCUGCCAAGCCAUCCUGCUCAUCUCGGGCUUCGCCCUCCCUGAUGGCAUCGACGACUUUGGCAUCAUGACGAUUUGCGGCACAAACACGCUUUCUUCGUCGCUUCUCUUCUCUUUGGGAAUGAUUGUUUCGUUUGUGUGGAACUGCGCCAUGGCUACGAUGACGGUGCAGUGGCUUCUCGAACGGAGGGUUCGGGGUGGCAGUCUCCGGGAUAGAGCGCCGCCGUGGAUGCUCAAGAUUUUGCGGAAACGGUCCAAUUCGGAUAUGACGUUUCAGACUUUUCAAGAAUCUCGCUGAGAAUGGUAGACUUCUGGCGUCUUAUGUUCUGGAGGUCGGCUUGAACUGGCGGUUACUUUAUGGUAGAACAUCGAUAGAUCAUCUUUACCUCACAUCACCUUCUCGAAAAAAUGUGUGAUUAUCCGCAUCGAAGACAGAC